AGCGGCACUGCAGCGGUGCGGGGGCUGCAUCCGGGGAUUGCGGCGAGAUGGUCAUGGCGGAGGGCGCAGCAGUGCUGAGGAGGAACCGGCCAGGGACGAAGGCGCAGGACUUUUAUAACUGGCCUGAUGAGUCUUUCGAGGAGAUGGACAGCACACUGGCCGUACAGCAGUAUAUCCAGCAGAAUAUCCGUUCGGACUGCUCCAACAUCGACAAGAUCCUAGAGCCUCCCGAGGGACAGGAUGAGGGUGUGUGGAAAUACGAACACCUCAGGCAGUUCUGCCUGGAGCUGAACGGGCUGGCUGUCAAACUGCAGAGUGAGUGCCACCCGGACACCUGCACCCAGAUGACGGCCACAGAGCAGUGGAUCUUCCUGUGUGCCGCUCACAAGACCCCCAAAGAGUGUCCGGCCAUUGACUACACCAGGCACACGCUGGAUGGAGCCGCCUGCCUGUUAAACAGCAACAAGUAUUUCCCCAGCCGGGUGAGCAUUAAGGAGUCCUCGGUAGCGAAGCUGGGCUCCGUGUGCAGACGGAUCUACAGGAUAUUCUCCCACGCCUACUUCCACCACCGCCAGAUCUUCGACAAGUACGAGAACGAGACGUUCCUGUGCCACCGGUUCACGCGCUUCGUGAUGAAGUACAACCUGAUGUCGAAGGACAACCUGAUCGUGCCCAUCCUGGAGGAGGAGGUGCAGAGCGCCGCCUCUGGAGAGAGUGAGGCGUGAGGGCGGGGGGGCGCGGCUGGCACACUAAACACACACCUGCAGGCAGACAGACACUCGCCCAGGCAGACAGACGCUGUCCUCCGUGUAGCUUUUCCCCCGGCUCUGGGUUCGAUUCCUGUCCUCUCUCUCUGUCCUCCCUCCUCUGUCUCUCUGACUGCGGGGAGACGCGAUGAAUUCCUGACUUUCUGCAUUAUAAGUUAUUCUCAUUGUGUUCAAGAGGCUCUGUGUAAACACCACCCUGACUGUUGGGGCUGUUUUGAUGGAUUUUAAUUUUUUUUUUUAAUGAACUAAAAGUUUAUUAUUGUUGUUAUUUUAUCAUUAUAUAUCUGUUAAUAAAAAAGGAAUG